UACCAGGGGGGUCCGGGCAACAGGGAUGUGUUUUGAAUAGGGAGCUCUCAUUAAGUCUUUUUGCGUGUCUGCCAUCAGAGUGUGUGAAAUGGGAAGUAAAGGAUUUCGAGCCGGUGUAGUGUGACAAGGCUGGGGGACAAGUGACACUUUUAGUUGCCAUGAAGAGGUUUCCAGGCAAGCGUUUGAUUAUUCUGUUUGUUUGCAGGUCUUCUAUUUGGUUGCUUCGUUCUCAAUGGCAAAUUGUUGCUCUGUUGUGACAGUAUAGAGCGCCGUUGGUAGGGUAGUUCAAUAUAGUAUUACAGAUUUAUAACUAGAAACUCUCAUGCGUUGAUUCACUGUUAAAACCUGUUUUUCUUUAAGUAACAAUAUCUUCUAAAUCUUCCAAAGCGAGCGAAAAUGCAGAAAUGCUUUUAGCUAAAUAAAUCCGCAACUUUAUAUAAUCGCGCAUUCUUCAAAACGUCCCUUCGUCAGGCUUUUGCCCAACUCUUUCCUUUUUUUCUUGUUUGUAAGGACUAAUUUAGAACUUGCAGAUUUGAGCUGCCUGAAUUGGCUAGACAGCUGUAAUCGCACUCCUCCUAGUCUUAAUCUCUUUAUCUGGGCAGCAGCUGCCAUAUGGUCUCAGUCAGCUGGAUCAGAUGUUCAUAAGCCUCCUUCUCCGUCCCUCUCUGUCCUCCCAGUCUCCUAAUUUGAUCGCUGCUACCUUGCGAGCUGUCCUGCAAUCUUUAUUUUUAGCCAUCUUAAGGAUUAGGAUUGAUGUGGACUACGGGGCACUUAAAGUGAUUGUAUUGUAAAUCUGCUGUGGACCGCCUCUUUGGGGAGGAUGUUCCAUUUCUCCAAAGAUUUGGGGAGGGGAAAAGGGGGAGGAGAGGGCUGGCGAGAGGUUUGUUAUCCCCCUGUCCCCCUAUAAGCCCCUCAUUAAUGAAGGUCUGAACACUCUUUGGGGUGGGCUGGUUUUUUUUUUUGCUCGCUAUCCCAAUCAGAUUUAAAUGAAGAUUCAAAUGAGUCCAUUUAAGUCUGCUGCUUGAACAUGACGCCGGUGCAUUUUUUUAGACGGGAACAAUCUCCACGGGUAACAGAUUGUCCGUCUUUGAUUACGCACGUCAUGCUGAUAUUCUGCAACCUCAGUUGUCAUUACCUCAGAGAUCAUGGUACUUAGUAUACUUAUGCAGUGUGCCCAUGAUGGUGAGCUGUUUGUGUACCUGUAAGCCUGUUACCUAUACUUGACGUCCUGGCCAAAGUGGGUUAUUAUAAAUAACUGCUCCAGGAGCACAGAGAGGGAAAACAGGAAAGAUUCUCUCGCGCAGGCAUCUGUGGAAUCAGGACUUCAGCUUCUUACAUCACGCCAUCUGAUUAUAUCCAAACGGUUAUGAAGACAGCAUGGAGUUUCCAGACCACAGCAGACAUUUGCUACAGUGUCUGAGCGAGCAGAGGCAUCAGGGAUUCCUUUGUGACUCCACUGUGCUGGUCGGCGAUGCCCAGUUCCGAGCCCAUCGUGCAGUGCUGGCUUCAUGCAGCAUGUACUUCCAUCUCUUUUACAAGGACCAGCUAGACAAAAGGGACAUUGUUCAUCUGAACAGCGACAUUGUCACGGCCCCGGCCUUCGCUCUCCUGCUUGAGUUCAUGUACGAAGGAAAGCUCCAGUUCAAAUCGCUUCCAGUGGAGGAUGUGCUGGCUGCUGCCAGCUACCUCCACAUGUACGACAUCGUCAAGGUGUGCAAGAAGAAGCUCAAGCAGAAGGCCACGGCCGAGGCCGACAGCACCAAGCGCGAGGAGGACGCAUCAAGCUGUUCGGACAAGGUGGAGAGCUUCUCAGAAGGUGGAAGCACGGGCCGGCCGGCCACCGCCGACCUGCUACAGAGUGACGACGAGGACAUGGAGAACAAGCGGGACAGCCCUCAGGAGCCGGGGAGCAUGUGGAUGCGUCUGCCUUCCGCCCGGACAGCGUCUCCCACUACGAGCCCCAGGGAGGCGGAAACACAUGGCCCCAAUGCUGGCAAAUCUCCUGCCGGUAGCCCCAGCAGUUCCACAGGCUCCCUCUCCCGUCGCUCGGCUGUGUCUCGGAGAGUCUCCGCUGACACCGAUUGCGUGCUUGACCUCUCUGUGAAGUCCGGUCUGGGCGGAGGUCCUGGGGAGACCAUAGCUGGCAACCCUUAUUUCUGCAGCUCUGUGACCCCAGACAGCCUCCAGAGUGCCCUGGUUCAGGUCAAGGUGGAAAAGGACACGGGCUCGGACGAUGACGAGCUGGUGAGCGGUGACUACGAGAUGGAGCACAGCGGUGUCAAGGAGCCACCCAGCACCAACGGGACUCACCUCAGCCUCGUGGCACAACGGCGCUUGGGCCUGGAGGCUCACCUCUCAGCCCUGCGUGAGGCCUCGCUGGCCAGCGAGCUGGAGCGGGACGACAAAGGAGGUGACGACGACGCAGACGUCUUGGGAGGGGACAGCGAGCGAGCACAGGAGGCCGUGGGGGUCGAGAACUCCCUGUUGCCUUACGUCUCCAGCAUGCUGGGGUCUCCACAUACUCAGAUCUUUAUGUGCCCCUUAUGCAACAAGGUCUUCCCCAGCCCACACAUCCUGCAGAUCCACCUCAGCACGCAUUUCCGCGAGCAGGAAGGCGUACGGUCCAAGCCAGCCGGCGACGUCAACGUCCCCACCUGCUCCAUCUGCGGCAAAACCUUCUCCUGCAUGUACACGUUAAAGCGCCAUGAGCGGACACACUCGGGCGAGAAGCCCUACACAUGCACUACUUGUGGCAAGAGCUUCCAGUACUCGCACAACCUGAGCCGUCACGCCGUGGUGCACACGCGCGAGAAGCCGCACGCCUGUAAGUGGUGCGAGCGGCGCUUCACUCAGUCAGGGGACUUGUACCGACACAUCCGCAAGUUCCACUGCGAACUGGUCAACUCGCUCUCGGUCAAAAGCGAGGCGCUCAAUCUACCCACGGUCAGAGACUGGGCACUGGAAGAUAGCUCUCAAGAACUGUGGAAAUGAAAGCUAAACUUAUAGCAGACAGUUUGAACUGCUUGUUAAAUUAAUGAGAGAGAUCUGAGUGGCAUUUUUUUGGGGCAGAGAGGUGAAGGUAAGAGUGAGGUGGAGUGACUUCCGAAGGGUCUGAAUCAGUCAUUUUUCUUGUAUGUACAUUGCAAAUCUUGUUGAAUUGCACUUUACUAGCACAUGAAAAUGUUACUACUGAUUUCCUUUUAAUAUAUUUUCUGGUCUCUUUAGGGUCUCUUUUCUUUUUUUCCUGUUCUCUUUGGGUUUUUUAUAAAAAUGGGUGCUGGUCUCACUAACUAAUUUUGACAGAAAAAUGAUUCAUUGGGAUUUUCAACUGUAUAUAAUUUACAGUGUUUGUAUACGCUCCUAAAUUUCAAGGAACAUCUGCCAUGAAAAGCAUAUGAAGAUUUCAGGUAAUAGACAAGGAGUUAAAAACUAUGGACACACUAAACGGGUACUAUGGUCAUAAAUUUACCUGUACACACUCGUCUCUUGUUUGAGUGAGUGUGUGUGUAUGAAUAUAUAGUGCACUACUAUAAUUUGCAGGUAACAUACCUGAUGUGUGUCUGUGGCCGUGCAUACAUGUGUAUUUAUGCACAUGCACACACAUACACACAUAGUGUGUGAGCAGGUCAGUCCUUUAAAUCCCACGAGGAAGCUCCAAGCUUGUGUUACUUAAGCUCUUGUACAUUUUUGACUCGUUAUAGGAAACUUGACUGAUGGAAGACAAACAAGGCACUCAUGCAAUGUACAGCCUCCUUUUUCAUAUCAGUUGCCGCAUUUUUUCUAUCUUAUCUUAAUAUGAUUUGAAGUCAUUUUCGCAUUUUAGUUGCGGUCUCUCCACAUCACUCGUUUGCUACUGAGGUUGGUUUUUACAUCGGCUGCAUUUCUAGAGAUUUCUGUAGUGUUUUAUUCAAAUUUUUCGUUUUUAAAAUGGAAUCUGUUGUUGCAUGAUGUCUGACCUGUAUAUUGAAAAAGAUGUGACUUGUUGUAUUGCUGUACACUGUAAUUGACUGAUUCAUUACAGUCAGGGCACCUGUCUGUGGAGAAAAAAAAAGUACCUUUAAUAUUACCGCUGUAGAAAUUGCAUGAAUUUUAUUUAACUUUCUUUCGUUGUUGUUUUGCAUCAGAGAGUGUAUUUUUUAUUAACUAAUUUGAUUCCUUGGUAGAUUUGAGUUUUUUUUCCUCUCAUUAGAGAAUGAAUCGGGGUUCUGGUGAGGUGGUUUUUUUCUGGGCUGUGAAGAUUUUGGAAAUGCACUGACGUUAGGCUGUAGUAUCUACACACGCAACGCGAUUUGGUUCGGACUCGCUGUAGGAUUCGGGGGUUAACGAGGGGCCAGGUCUCAGCAGAGGCUGGAUCGCUAUGUUUAUUGUUCAGAAGGCUAGCAUGGCUCCUGCUAGCAUCUCCUCACGCGCUGCUCUUCCCAGUGCUGGGUCCUCAACUGCUGUUUGUCUCAGUGUCCUGUUUACUGGCUGUUGUCAUUUGAAUCAUGUCAGCUCUGUUUGUAAUUUAUUUAUUUAUCUUUUCAAUUGGCACUUGCUUCAGAUUCGAUUGCCAUGAAGACACAUUUGCGUGGCUGAUGGUACAGCUCUUCUUUAUGGGUGUCCUCAGCAGCGCACAUCUAUUUGGAGAAGCUGAAGGAUCUUUAAACAGCAUAAAGCUCGACACACUCUGAUCUGAGUGGUUUGUGUGCGUGUGUUUGUUCAAUAAAUACGUUUUUUUUUUUUUUUUUUGGUCACUAGAACGUGUUUGGCAAGGAUGGUUGCACCUUUGAAGCUUAAUGAAAUUAGAAUUAUGUGCAAAAGAGGCCUUUAUCAAAUGUAUAUGCUUAAUUAUUAACAUAAUUGAAUGGACUUUGUUACACUGAAAAAAAAAACAUCUAUAAAUUUGUGAUCGUUAACUUUUUUUGCUGCAUUUGUGAUUAUGAAAAAUGUUUAUUUUGAAAAUGUUUUCUUUUUUCUUUUAAUUUGCAGAUUUCUUUUAUUAACAGUGUGAAGAUUAUGUUCAUUUUGUUUGUUUGUUGGUUUAUUUCACAAAAAAACAAUUUCAUUGUCAAAUCCAGAUAAAUAAAAAGCAAAGAAAAAUGAAAAGCAUAUGGCUUAUCGCUGAAGAUCAGUCACUCACAUAGUGCUGAAAUGCUUGAACUACUUUAGUUAGAUAGGGCCGGGGGCUCCGCACAUGUUUGGAGCAGGACAGGAGUGUGCGGCACACGGGCCUAUGCAGGCCUCAGGAACUGUCCUACCAUAUAUUAGGCUGGUGCAACGGCUAGUGAAAAGGUUGAGCUUUGCCAACAGCGCAUGCCCCUCAUGGCGUUUUGCACGGUGGUACUUUUACCUUUUGCACUCUAAAAUGUGACAGAAAAAAAAUAUCAACUGUGGGGUUGAUUUGUUUUCUAUGCUUUUGUUUUUCUUUAUGUUUUUCGUUGGCUUCUAUUGUACUUGACCGCCUUAAACUACUGUUAUCAGCUUAUACUCAGAGGGUGAAAACUGGAAACUGUCGCUGGAAUACUGGAUGUCUUUCUUGGACUUUUUUUUUUUGUUAGUUUUUUUUUUCAAUGGAAAUGAAGCUGUGAAAUGGCCUAUGAAGCAUAUCCAUAAAUUAGACACCCCUUUAGUUUACUUGAAACCCAGGAACCCCAGUGUGAAGAACAACUGUCAAACUCAAACUUGGUGGCUAAUGAGUAUGGGAAGGAAAAUAAUAAAUAUCUGUUGAAUUCAAGGACAAUCGGUGUCUGGAUGAAAAAAAAAAAAAAAAAAAAGAUGAUGAUUCGAUUUCACAUGUAAUUGCUUCCCUUCUGAGAUUUUUUGCUAUGUUGACAUUGUUCUUUUUAUGGAUUUAGACAUUUAGCUUUGACAAUCAUAGUAUGUUUCAUUUUCUCAAGGGAAGUAAAUUAUGAGGCUGUUUAGUUUUGUACUUUUGGUGUGCUGUUGGUGAAAUUUUUAAAUUGUGUGCAAACUGCAAUAAAUUAUAAGAACCUAAA